AGCCCCUCCAAUGUAGCCGCGCUAUUUAAAACUUUAAAGACGCGGAAAAAGGAUCGAAUUUAUUUUGAAGCUCUAGCAUUUUCCAAAUUUGGAGGUAAAAAUAUGUCAGCAGAAAAUCCAGACGGAGCGGAGAUCGUAACGAAUCCCGACUUGAGCGAAAUGCGAGAGAUGAGCAAAAAGGCUGCUUGGAGUGUCAGCUCUUGUAAGCCUGGCAAUGGUGUCCACCUCCUCAGAGAUGAUAAUGUCGAAACCUAUUGGCAGUCAGAUGGCGUGCAACCACAUUUAGUAAAUAUACAAUUUCAGAGGAAGGUCAAACUGCAGCUUCUUGCACUUUAUGUAGAUUUUAAGCAUGAUGAGAGUUACACACCAAGUAAAAUUUCCAUCCGAGUUGGUAAUGGUUUUCGUGACUUAAAGGAAAUCAAAUCAGUGGAACUAGUGGAGCCUACCGGUUGGACAUAUAUAUCAUUGUGUCCAAGUGAAUCUAGGGAAGUAUUUGUGCAAACUUUUAUGCUGCAGCUUGCUGUAUUAUCUAAUCAUCAAAAUGGACGAGAUACCCAUAUUCGUCAAGUAAAGGUUUAUGGUCCCUAUCCAAAUCCAGUUCCUCUCCAGGAGUUCCAGUUUAAUUCGCUUGAGUUUACAAUGUAUUCAAACCUCAGAUGACAAGUGGCACUACAUGUUCAGAACCUUACCAUUUUGUUUAUUGAGCACAAAGCUGUGUGUGUAAUAUCCAUACAUUUAUUAAAUAUUUGAAAAGAUCAAAAUAGCACUUAAUGAUUGAACUGUGGGUGUAUUUUAGUAUGUUUCUUUUGUGCCUCGGGGACUAUUAGUACAUUGAUACUGCACUCCUGUUUUUCCUGUACAUCUCUAUUUCUGUCUUGUGCUGUUCUAUGAUGAAUAAGCUUGGAUUUCUUAUGCUUGAAAAAUGGAAAAUCAUUGUGCCGUCUUUGCAAUC